AUGGGCCGCAAGCCCGAAAAUAUCGAUCAAAACGGCAAAGACCAUGCGAUUUGUGCCGCCAGCGCAAAACGCAAUGCAAGAUCCCGGGCUCUGGAGGGGCGUCCUCUGAGGAAGGAAAGAGGGCCUCCAGAAUCUCGGUCACAUUCAGCGCAGCUUCAAACGUCACAUCCUCCAGAAUUUCCAUCGACGGUGCAGCACCAUGACUCUCAAUCUGAUUUCGAUGCCCACCAAGGCGAUCCGAUGCACAUUGAUGUCAGCGCGUUUGAAACUGAUGAUCUGGAGUUCGGCAUUGAUGCCAAUCCGGAGACUUUGCCACUUGUAUCCGACCGGCUAUCUUUUCCGGGUCAGGAGCUACCCGACCCACAAGCUGGAGGAGCUAUCGAUUGGUCAUACCUCAACUUUCCCAUUUCUCCCCUGGGGAAUCAUUCCACCUCUCCACGACUAUUGUCUGCAGUCAGUGAUGGCUCGCCUCAGGCAUUUCGACUGGACCACAUCUCGCCAGUUGCAAGUGAACGACAUGAGCAACGUAAUGGGCCAGUGAUUGCCACCGACUCGAGCGACGACGUGCUCGAAAACUCAACACACAACGAACUGGAAGCACCAAGGAUUGGAGAGUGGUCUAGCGACUUCUCUCUUGAUGAACGCCCUGGCUAUUCCUCCCAGCUUAUCGGCUUGUCCGGCGAGACUGAUCCCUUCCUUCUACGACACUAUCAGUAUGAUGCACGGGACACAUUUCGGAUGUUCGCACUGGAUUUUCGGAAAGUUACAGAUGAUGGGAAUAUGCUGGGGCAUGCUGCAUUGCCUCAAUCAUCCCAGAUUCCCUCCAGUGACGUACCAAUCCAAUUCGUCAUGACUGAUGAAAAGAUAUGCAACGACGAUGUCAAAAUCAUGGACAAGGAUUUUGCAGGUUCCAGCACUGAAGCUGAAGAUUAUGCAUUGUUGUACAAGAUCGUACCCAUUGACUUGGGCUCAAGACUCCUCAAACUUUUCUUUAAGUUCAUACAACCUUCAUAUCCGGUUCUUUCGUCGCACGAUCAUAAUGGCGAGUAUCGAGAUUGUAAAUGUUCAACGGGUUUGAGAGCAGCAGUCUACGCACUGGCCGCGCCAUAUUACUUCCUCGAUGAUUAUCUUUCUGUGGACAGAGGCUACCAGCAGCCUCCUACAGAGGAGCUAUGGGGUAUUGCUCACCGCGGAUUUCAGCGUGAUUCCCGAAAGCCUCAUCUGGCGCUUGUGCAGCUUGGCCUACUGUUUUUACAUCGGCCUCCUCAGAAUUACGCCGUUGCGGAUGUCCCAAGUUCAUGGGCCACAGCUUGUUUGGUCCUGGCUGCAGCGGAGACACUCGGGCUAAAUUUGGACCCUUCACAUUGGAAACUGCCUCCAUAUGAAAUCAGGUUACGGAAGAGACUGUGGUGGCUUGUCCACGUUGAGCAUACCUGGCGUGCACUGGUCCUAGGACGGCCAUCGCAUAUUACCGACUCAAAUUGGGAUGUCUCUGGGCUGACUGCAGAUGAUUUCGACCUUGAUGACAUUGCGGACCCAGAAACUCGCAACUGUGUCCAAGCACAAAGCCCCUUUUUCAUGGCACUUUGCAGCCUGUCCACGAUUGCUAAUAAAGUGCUUGACGCUCUUUAG